CACAAGAUACACAGACUAACAUACAACUCUCCAUAGCAGCUUUACAUUUUGAAAUAUCUCCUAUAAAAACUAGUUUUAUACCAAUAAAAGAGAAAGAUGGAAAACGAUCUGGUAAAGGGUAUCCUGAAGUCGGGGGCCAAUAGUGCGCAAUUGAGUCUCAAGGCGGCCAAGUUCGAUGAGGUGAACAUACUGGCCACAUUCCAUCCUGUUGGCAAGGACUACGGCCACAUGGUCAUCGAUGAACCGAAGACUCCGUUCGUCUUUGAAGAUGAUUUGCCCAAGGAGCUGGACACGAAUGCUCUGAUCGAGAAGCUGCGCCUGACUUCCAAGUCGGAAAUGCCAGCAUUCGGGAUCGAAGGAGACUCCGAUGAUUCCUCGGCGGACGAUGACUUUCCCGAAUCUGUGGAGGAGAAAGUACGGAGGAUGGAUUUCGAAGGCCGCCGCAGGUCGCACUACAAGGAGUUCUAUUCGGUUCCCCUGGCUCGCCGACUUAUAGCCGAGGAAUUUGGCGACUCGACCACCUCCGAAUGUAGUAUUCACAGCGAGAAGGUCAUGGAACAGACUGAGGCCUGCUGUGAAACCGAUCACUCAAUCGACGGAGAAGCCAGCCGUUUUUCAGCGACCAGAUCCUCCAAUUCUGCCAGCCAGUCGGAUUACAGGACAUCGGAACGUUCAGAGCCCGAACCCGGAUUUUCUCCCAGCCAUCAUUGCUACCAGAAACUGAAGGCCGAUAUCUACAGCCAGCCCCCAGAGGAUUUGGCCUCGCUGAGUCACCUGCUACGUAUGCCAUCGGUCAACGAUGAUGAUCUCAAUCAGGAGCUUCCUGUUCCACACACUUCGAUCAAUCCAACCGAACGACUAACAUUACAGGAUACCAGGGCUUCAUCUAAAGCCGUAACCGAAAAAUCGGUACCUGCACGUAUUUGCAAAACCAACUCCGAUACUCGGGCGACGACCUCUAGGAAGGUCGCUCGGUAAAUUCACUAAAAUAAAC